UUUUGCUUGUUUUGAAUAUCUCCAAUUCGUACUAGCAACUCCGAGUGUCUUCACCUUGAACUUGACCCCCUGACAAGCCACCAUAUCCAUCAUAAACACCAUCAGCCCUAACUCAACCCGGAGCAGAUAGAGAACAUAUAAUAUCAAAAUGGGCCUAACCACGAUACUACGCGGCUUCAAAGUCCCCGUUGCCAUCCUCGACCGCUUUCUCGAAGCCAACGGCGUCACGCCCACCUUUGGUUACCCUCCCACGUACCACAGGGGCUCACUCCCCGGCGAGGAGAAUCUCCCGACUCUAGAUCCGCAGCCUGCAUUCCUCCGCGCCAGGCUGGCCGCCACCCCCGCUGGCGCCGCCGACACCGCCAACCAAAACACGCACAUCUUCAUCCCAAACCGGCAGAGCAUGGGGAUGUGUACGCACGCCUACGUGUCGUACGCCUACAUCAUGGUCUUUGGCCAACGGGAGAUCGAUGUUGUGAACGAGCUGCCCGACAAAGCCCCGCCAGGCUUUGCGGAGCUGCGCAGUGAGAUUCUGGGGUUUGCUGAGGAGGGGGAGGAAGCGCUGUUAGCUGUCGCGGGGAUGCAACCAGCCAGUGAGGCGCAAGACCCGGCGAGCAUGCUGUUUAUCGUCCUCACCGACGAGCGCCAGUACCCGUGGAAGGGCCCUUUUCUGCGUGAGUCGGACCGCCGUUGUGACCAGUGCGCGGAGGAGUUCGAGAAUUGGCUCUCCUUGCAGGUACACUGGGAGGAAGCACAUGGAAUUGUCCACAAGAGCACGGCCUUGCCUGAUGAUCUUUGAUUGCGGCCGUCCUUCUUAUGGCAGGCAUGGGUAAGGUACUUGUCUCUCUUGCAAAUAGUAGCAACAGCAUGUUCUGC